AUGUGGAGAGGACGGACUGUCUGCCUACAGCGAACAUGCCUCGGGCCGCGGGAGGAGCAGCAUUGCCGGCUGGUGGACAUCUUCAGCGGGGAAGUGAUCUGGUCCACUAUGGGCCCAACACAGAAGGGAUGGAUGGACAAUGCUGAAGAUCGUGACGAGUGUGGGUUCCGGGUGCUCCCAUGGGAGGCAGCGUUGGCUUCGAGGAAGGAUGCAGGAGACGCUGAGUUGAAGCAAGGAGAUGGUGGGAAAAAGAAGAAGAAGAAGAAAGUGAAGGGCAUCGGCGAGAAAAUUGACAGCAGGCAUCGCAAGGACAAGAUUGAGCUGUUGGCUGUGCGACUUUCUCCUCCUCAGAGAAAGAGGACCAAGAUCCUCGACCUUGAUCGAACUGCCGCUGCCUCUGCUCAGGCUGUGAGUCUGAUGUUGCAUGACUGCAUUUGA